CAUUCAGUUUUACUUACUUGGUUAUCGACUGCAGAUCGCGUUUAUGCUCCGUCGUAGUAUAAUUUUGUGCGUAAAAUUAAAUGAGACAUAUUCUUUCGGAUGGCGUUUCCGCGCCAGAAAGGAGUUCGUCGGUAAACAUUUCCGAAAAUACACCGAUACUCGGGAGUACGAAAAAAAGGCAUAGAUUACAAUCAAAAAGUUGCAUUGUUCUAGUAGGACUCGUUAUAUUGAUCUCCGUGGUUUCAUUCCUGUUGGUAUACACGCACAAUGCACCAAAUGGCGAAAUUCCAGACCCGGAAUUUGCGUUGCCUCCGUCGAGUAUGCCAAUGGGAUCUUACAGUAACGUCGGCGUCGUGUCCAACGGUGGACCAUGCGCACAGAUCGGAGUGGAUGUGAUGGCCAGCGGAGGAAAUGCCGUGGAUGCUGCUAUAGCAACGAUGUUAUGUGACGGUGUUCUAUGCCCUGAGUACAUGGGUAUUGGUGGAGGAUUUUUGAUGAGCAUCUACAAUGCAACAACUAAGAAAGUAAUGGCAAUAAAUGCACGGGAAACUGCACCAGCUGCAGCAACUGCUGAAAUGUUUGUAAAAGAUCCAAAAAAAUCAGUUUUGGGUGGCUUGGCGGUCGCUGUUCCAGGGGAGCUCAAAGGUUAUUGGACGAUUUAUAACUUGUACGGUAGUGGUAAAGUUUCAUGGCCAUCUUUAUUUGAGCCAACUAUUAAGCUAUGCGAAAAUGGCAUAAAGAUCAGUAGUCGUUUAGAGUUAAACAUGAUAAAUCACGAAGAUUUAAUAAAGAAUGAUCCAUUUCUGAGACAAGCAUUUUUUGAUGAAAAAACCGGACAUGUAAAAAAAGCCGGAGACGAGUACAAAUUGUUAAAGUUAGCAGAGACAAUGAAAAUCAUAUCAAAUGAAGGUGCCGAAGCCAUAUAUAACGGAUCGUUGACAAAUCAAUUAGUGGAAGAUUUAAAAAAAGUCAACGGUAUUAUAACCAAAGAAGACCUGGCCAAUUAUAAGGUAGAAAUUGAAGAAUCUUUUUCCGUAAAUUUAAAAAAUGGAUAUACAAUACAUACAGGACCACCACCUAGUUCUGGAGUAAUAUUAGCCUACAUACUUCGAAUAUUGGACGGAAUAUUACCAGCACCGAAUCCUGGAUUAGAUGCACAUCGAUUGGUAGAGGCUUUCAAAUUUGGAUUCGGUGAAAGAACGCAUUUAGGUGAUCAUAAUUUUGUAAACGUGUCCCAAAUUUACGAUAAAAUAACAUCAGAUAGUUAUAUAGAUAGUAUACGAAAUAAAAUAAACGAUACAUUCACUUCGUUGGACCCAAAGCAGUAUGGUGCUGACUUUGAUAUGCCAGAGAAUCACGGAACUGCUAACAUUGUCGUAACCGAUUCGUUGGGAAACACUGUUGUGGGCACCAGCACUUUAAAUAUAUACUUUGGUAGUGGUUUUGUGUCUCCGAGUACUGGUAUUAAUUUAAACAAUGAAAUGGACGAUUUUUCUACUCCUGGAGUCAUUAACUUUUAUGGUAUUCCAUCCUCACCUGCCAAUUUCAUAGAGCCUGGCAAGCGCCCAAUGUCUUCAAUGAGCCCAACUAUAAUCACUGACAGAAAAGGAGACUUUGUUCUUGGGGUAGGAGCAGCAGGAGGAUCGAAGAUCACGCUUGCAACUGCCUACGUGACAGCUCUUAAACUAUGGUACAGUAAAACAUUGAAAGAAGCAAUAGAUAAACCUAGAAUUUAUCAUCAACUUAUUCCCAUGGAAGUUCAAUAUGAAUACGGAACGACAAAGGCUGUGGUACAAACACUUAAGGAUAUCGGUCAUCCAGUAAAAAGAUUGAAGAAUACCAUAGGUUCAGCAGCAACAGCAAUUGCCAAAUCCCCUUCAGGAAUGAUCGAAACCAUGCCAGAUUUCAGGCGACCAGGAAAUUCGUCCGGAUACUAACACAAUAUUAUUAUAUUGAUAAUAGAUUAUAUUUAAUAAAUUUUUGUUAUAAAACUUAUCUUGUAAGUUCCUAAAAAGAUUAUAGUCACAAGUUAUGUGCAGUCAAUAAUAUGCACUGUAGUAUAAUUUCAUUUAACCUGUUAUAAAUUAUAAUAACAUUAAUUAUUUAUGAUAAUUUGCAA